CAAUAAGUGUAAUAAAAUUUGGUCCUGGUGUAAUAAAUUUUAAUAAAAAUGUAACAAAUUGUAGUAUGCUUCCAGUUUUGUCAGGGUGAUUCAGCUACUAUAGAUAGCCGUCCUUCUCUGGAUUGUGCACAUGGCUUCGAAGAACUGCAUCGCAUCGAAUGUUGAAGAAUCGACUCGAAUAAAGAGAGAACCACCACCAUCGUUUGGAAUAAGCUCAUCAUAUUUCCCAAAACCUAAACCUUCAUACGGACUGCCUAAACCAGUCUACGGACCACCAAAACCAGUCUACGGACCACCGAAACCUUCAUAUGGACCGCCGAAACCCUCGUAUGGACCACCAAAACCCUCAUAUGGACCUCCAAAACCAUCCUACGGUCCUCCGAAGCCAUUCUACGGACCACCCCCGAAAUUUUCGUAUGGACCACCCAAACCUGUUUAUGGCCCACCGAAGCCAGUUUAUGGACCUCCGAAACCAGUGUAUGGGCCACCAAAGCCGAUUUAUGGCCCACCAAAACCAGUUUAUGGACCACCGAUAGCGAGUUAUGGACCACCACCCUCUUCCAGUUAUGGAGCACCACCAUCAUCAAGUUAUGGUGCUCCACCAUCUUCAAGUUAUGGUGUUCCCCCAUCUUCUAGCUAUGGCGCGCCACCCUCUUCCAGUUAUGGAGCACCACCAUCAUCAAGUUAUGGUGCUCCACCAUCUUCAAGUUAUGGUGUUCCACCAUCUUCAAGUUAUGGUGCUCCACCAUCUUCCAGCUACGGCGCACCUCCAUCUACUGGAUAUGGGGCACCGCCAUCUUCCAGCUAUGGUGCUCCUCCAUCUUCAAGUUAUGGCGCUCCUCUAUCUUCUAGUUAUGAUGCACCACCGUCUCCAAGUUAUGGGUCACCUCCAUCUACUGGAUAUGGGGCUCCACCUUCUUCUAGCUACGGAGCCCCAACAUCUUUCGAAACACCUUCCACACUCACUUUCGAGCAGAUAAUAUCGCAGGAAUACCAUGCCCCACAAUCGAAUUCUUACAGUGCUCCUCCCGAACAAAAUUAUGGGGCCCCCCAGCAGGAUUACGAAGUACCUCCACCACAACAUCAUAGUGCACAGUCUUCAGACCAUACCGGAAGUUCACAAUCAUCUUACAACGAUUAUGAAGUUCCUGCUGGAUUUGGAAGUCCACCCCUGCAAUACGACAGUCCAGCAACCAGCUAUGGAACCCCUGGUGCUGUGAACUCAUACGGAAUGCCUAUCAAUAACGGAAACGAACAACAUGCAGAACAUCAGGAUCUUAUCGAAGGUUUGGGUAUAACGCAUCCACCAUUUCCCGAUUCGCUAUUAGAGGGAUCGGGAAUUUCCUAUCAAACAGCUAAACCUGAUGUUAAACCUGUUUCGUAUAAUGAAAUUUCUGGAACGAAACAAACUGAACACCAAGAUCUUAAUAACGCAACUCUAGAGACCGCAAUGAAUCAAAUCGUCAGUCAAACUUCGAACAAAAGUGAACAUAACAGUUUGGCUAGCGAGGAAAGUAUUACUGAACAUUUCUCCCCAACGCCAAAAAAUUUCAUAGUGGAACCUUUCAGCAAGGAAAAUGAUGCCAAGUUCAUUCUUUCAAAUGACGGUUUCAGGAGUAGGAAUGAACACAUAGACUCUGAAAACAAAUGUUCAUUCACCGCCUGUGGAAGGUGAUAUUUUGUUGUAUUUUUGAUAAUUUUAUCACUGUUUUUUUCGUCAAUUCAUUGUUAAUGAACCACAUUCCCAAUGCAUACAGGAAUAAUUUAUUCCCAUAGUUAGUUAUUUAUGAUGAACACUAAUUUUUUCAUGUUUUAUGCCAAUUUAACCAAAGAAAAAGUUAUAGAAUAAUUAUUGAAUAAAAUAUUUGUUUCAGUUUUUAA